ACAAAGAAGAAGAAGGUCGCUUUUCCGCAGGAAAUUCAUGUAGCUGUGUAGCCAGCGUCGAUAGCAUUCUUUGACAAGCUUCUCAUUUAGCUUUAUCACUAAGCUGACAGCAUAUGGUCGCUUAAAAUAAUAUUUAUUCUUUACCUAAACUGUUUCUCUCUGAGAGAGAAGGCAGUGAAAUAUUCAGGAUGGAUCCAGCUCUGCUGAAAGAGCGAGAGCUCUUUAAAAAGAGAGCCCUAUCUAAUCCUGCAGUAGAGAAGAGAUCAGCAACAUCUGAGGCCUCUGGAUCCUCCAAGAAGAAAAAGAGCAGACCAGACAAAGAGUCGUCAUCAUCCUCCAAAAACAACACAGAUCCCAGCAAUGGCUCCUUCAAUCUCAAAGCUCUUUCUGGGAGUUCAGGAUACAGAUUUGGAGUUUUGGCCCGAAUUGUCAACUACAUGAAGACGAGACACCAGAGAGGUGAUACUCAUCAUCUGACUCUAGAUGAAAUUCUGGAUGAGACCAAGCUGCUGGACAUUGGCAUGAAGCAGAAACAGUGGCUUAUGAGCGAGGCAUUAUCAAGUAAUCCUAAGAUUGAUGUGCGGGAAGGGAAAUAUGCUUUUAAACCCAAGUAUCAUCUGAAGGAUAAGAAAGCUUUGCUAAGACUACUGGACAAACACGAUCAGCUGGGACUAGGAGGAGUGUUACUGGAUGAUGUUGAAGAGGGUCUACCCAACUCAGCCAAGGCUAUUAAAGCACUUGGGGAUCAGAUUAUAUUUGUGACCAGGCCAGAUAAGAAGAAGAUUCUAUUCUACAAUGACAAACACUGUCAGUUUACUGUUGAUGAAGAGUUCCAAAAGCUGUGGCGCAGCGUUCCUGUUGAUUCCAUAGAUGAGGAAAAGAUCGAAGAGUAUCUGAAGAAACAGGGCAUAUCAUCCAUGCAGGAGACGGGACCAAAGAAAAUAGCGCCCAUUCAGAAGAGGAAGAAACCUGGAACACAGAGAAAGAGACGGUUUAAGACUCAUAAUGAUCAUCUGAAUGGAGUACUGGAGGACUACUCUGAGGGAGUUCCCUCCAAGAAGUGACACACACAAACACACACAAACACACACAAACACACACACACACACACACACACACACACACACACACACACACACACACACACACACACACACACACACAAGGCUAUAAAGACAAGACUGCUAUCUGUGUGAUGUUUGUAUAUCUGAUCUAACGUCUUAUUGCCAAAACCAUAAAGACAUGCAGACACACACACCUUAGAACUGUACUGAGUGACACAAAUGUGAACGGACUGUAAAUAUUUUCUUUCCACCGUUUGUUUUACUUUUUGCUAGUGCUUUAAACAAUGACAAUUAAGCUCUUCUUUUUUUAAAUUUAAAGAUUAAACAAGAGCAAUCAAACCAAA